CUCUCUCGCUCUCUCUCUCUCACACACACACACACACACACACACACACAUUGCUUUGUCAGUCCCGCAAGCGCACUCCAUUCUCCAAACUCCAGCUGCUUGUUUUUCCAGCACUUCGCGCUCCUCAUUCCUUUCAGCACUAUUUUAGCAUUUUGUCUUUUUUUGUAGUUUUUUUUUUGUCUUUUUUUACGGUCACAUAAAGAGACGUUGCGCUCCGGCGCGCUGCUCUAUGGGACAGCUGUAAGUAAAGUAGGUGCUCACCGGCAGUGGAGACACCAGGGGCCAUGAGCGCGGACCAGGUGGCGCGUCCGGGGCUCGCGCACAGCCCGCUCGUGCUGGACUACGCCGGCGACUUGGACUUCUCCAGGUUCGACGUGAAGAAGGAGGCGCCGAUGGUGUUGUUGGGUCGCGGCCCCUCGGGACUCUGCGGCCGCACGCCGCCCGCGGGCUCCGUGGGCUCCACCCCCGGCAGCACCCCGUGCAGCUCCGUGCCCUCCUCCCCCAGCUUCAGCGCCACGGACCCGCGGAACCACGUGGAGGAGCUGUGCUGGAUGCCCGGCGGCGGCGGCGGCGGCGGCGGCUACCCCCAGCCCAUAGACCCCCAGGCCCUGGGACUCACCCCGGAGGACGCCGUGGAGGCUCUGAUAGGCGCGCACGCGCCGCUCUCACACGUCCUCCAGCAGCUCGAGCCGGAGGACUUCAAGAGCUAUCGGGAGCACGGCCACGCGCACGCCGCGCAGCACCACGCGCCGUACCUUGGGGUCGCCCAUCACGCCGGCGAGCUGCCCGGACACCCGCAGCACCCAGAUAGCCCGUGCGCGACCGCGCAUCAUCAGCCGCUCCAUCACUGCCUGCAGCAUCAGCAUCGCUGCGAGCCCCAGCAGCAUCCCCACGGCGGCGCGCAACCUCGCCCGGAGCAGCGCUUCUCGGACGAGCAGCUCGUGUCCAUGUCGGUGCGCGAGCUGAACCGCCAGCUGCGCGGCUUCACCAAAGAGGAAGCGGUGCGCGUGAAGCAGAAGCGGCGCACGCUCAAGAACCGCGGGUACGCGCAGUCCUGUCGCCACAAGCGCGUGCAGCAGAAGCACGUGCUCGAGCACGAGAAGUCGCACCUGCUCGACCAGGUGGAGCAGCUCAAGAUAGAGAUCGGACGCCUGGCGCGCGAGCGCGACGCCUACAAGCAGCGCUGCGAGAGUCUGGGCUGCGCGAGCGGCGGACCUUCCUCGCCGGAGUUCUUCGUGUGAGGAGCCCCUAAAAGUGACGCAUUUGAUCAGGGAUUCGUAAAAAAAAUUCAAAAGGAAGACUAUGUGACGCUGGAGGGUGGAGGUGGGAGUGGGGGGUGCAUUUUUUAGGGGACCCCCAGAGUGCGUGCGGAGAGGGAUGAAGAAGAUGUGCGCUUCUUUGUGCACGAAUAUGAGAGCCUCCGCUCUGCCCGGGUAAAGAGUGGUCACGAGGCGGGUUCCUCACCUGUGUCACCUGUGACAGAGAGGAGGGCUGUGGGAAAGUGGGGGACGGGACGGGGGGGGGGACGGGCAUCCAGCAUCCACUCACGGGACACCUCCAGCCUGCACGUGUACGGCAAACUUGUGUCCGUCUCCACCGUUGACUGUCCCAGGACGUGACGAAAUCGGACAGCGCCAGUGGCUCCACGUCCUCCAGUCUAAUGUGAAGGUGUUUGGAAACCAGAGCAGUGAAAGCAGGACCUGGUGAGAGGAGCUAUGGUGGAGCAAAGGAAAACACGACGUCAGUUGUGCUCCUGUGGUCACUCAUAAUCCAAGAGUGAGAUUUCAUUUGCACAUAAAUACCUCUGAAUUCGACCACUUUUGGCACAAGUUAAUUCGUCUCCUUUUCCCGUUGUAAACAUUUCCAUUUCAUAAACACACCAACAUAAAACUCAAAUCUGUAGCAGGAAAGACUUACUAUAAUUCCACUUUUUGUAUGAUGUUGAGGAGUUUUAAUACUUAGUGGAAAGUUGUGUUGUUUGGUGUCUCUUUUUCUGCAGGUCAGUUAAAAGGAAAAGACAAAACGGUUGUUAAAGAAUAUUAAGGAUAGAAAUAUGUUAUGUUUAUAUUUUAUCAACAUAAAAAGGUUUAGUUGUUGAUUGUUGAUUUUCAG